CCCCUGCCCUGCCCUGCCUUGGGAAAGGGGGCCAACCCAGCGUCGCGCUCUUCGCCUCCUACCAGCUGACUUCAGCAGCAUGGACGCGGGCUCUGGCCCCAUUAGCUCCGCUCUCAACUUUCAAGAAGGUCCUUUCGGUUGCCCCAUUUGCCUAGACGCUCUGAAGGACCCGGUCACCACUCCUUGCGGCCACAAUUUCUGCUUGGAGUGCAUCGGGGCGCACAGGCAUCACCCCGGGGGCGUUACAGGAACCGGAGGACAAAGUGCCUCCCGCUGCCCCCUCUGCCAGGAACCCUUCCCAGCCGACCUCCCGCUCCGUAAGAACCACACCCUGGCAGAAUUGUUGCAGCUCCGACAGCCCGCGCCGAGCAGUCCGGGCCUGGCUAUGGCACCCGAGGAAACGUCGGAGCCGUGCGCUCCAGAGAACGGCGAUGCCCACAUCGAGGAGGUGCUGUGCGACUUCUGCACCGGCGGGGAGAGAGCUGAAGCGGCAAAAUCGUGCUUGGUGUGCUUGGCGUCCUUCUGCGCCCCCCACUUGCAGCCUCAUCUGAAAAGUCCGGCUUUCCAAAACCACCGGCUGGUUCCGCCCUUGCGGCACAUCGAGGAGAGCCUCUGUAAAUUGCACCUCAAGCCCUUGGAGAGCUUUUGCCGGACCGACCGCAGCUGCAUCUGCCAGCUCUGCCUGACCCAGGAGCAUCGGAGCCACGAAGUGGUGGCAGUGGAGGUGGAGCGGGAACACGUGGAGGCUCAGAGGCCCAAAAUCCUGAACAAUAUUGAAAAUCAGCUGGAUGAACUGGGAGCCACAAUAGCACAAAUGAAGAGGAUAGUGGACCUCAUCAAAGCUACUGCUCAGAAGGAGAAGGAAAAGGUCAGCAGUCUCCUUACCGAGGCCACCAAGGUCCUGGCAACCUUUAAGAAGGAAGUGCUUGGUUUCAUUGAGGUUGAUGAAAGAGCCAUGCUAGGCGGAGCGGAGGAGGAACUGCGGCAUAAAGAAAAUCGACAUGCCCUGCUGAUGGAACACAAGCGGAACCUGGAGAAAGUCCCCAGUACAGACACCAUCACUUUUCUCCAGGAAUUCCAGGCAUUAAAAAUAGCAGCUGAGGAAAAAAACCUUGCAUGUUCAAACUUCCCCAGAGAGCUGAGUUUUAUUAAAUCGAGUCAGGCCGUGUUUGCUGUGAAGGAGCUGCUGGGAAAUAUUUGCAAGAACCAAUGGGACCAACUGUCAGGGAAGGGUGAGAAUGGACCUUUUCUUCAUGGGAUACCAGAAGUGACAAUUGAACCGCAGGUUUCAGAAAGGAGCAUCAACCCUGCCAGUUUGGAAUCACGAGAUUAUUUUCUCAAAUCUGCAUUCAUCAUUGAUUUGGACAGUGAUACUGCUGACAAGUUCAUCCAACUCUUUGGGACCAAGGGGGCUAAGCGUGUGCUGAAUCCCAUUGCUUACCCUGAGACCUCAACCAGGUUUAUCAACUGUGAGCAAGUAUUGGGUGAGAAUCUUAUGAACCGUGGCAACUAUUACUGGGAAGUGGAGAUCAUAGAUGGUUGGGUGAGCAUUGGGGUCAUCACUGAAGAUUUCAAUCCCCAGGAAUCAUAUGACCGGGGCCGCUUAGGCAGGAAUGAGAAGUCAUGCUGUCUACAAUGGAACGGCCAGAACUAUGUUGCGUGGUUUGGCGGAUUUGACUGUGUUAUACAGCAGCCAUUUUUUCAUACUAUUGGGGUGUACUUGGAGUAUUCAGAGAAGGUGCUGACAUUCUAUGGAGUCAAGGAUUCCAAGAUGACUUGUCUCCAGCAGUUCAAAGUGGCUCGCUUCAAAAAGGGGCAUUUUGACCCUUUCCAGAAUAAGAUCAACCACCAGUUUCCAGCACUGUUCACACAUAACCUCAAGCCAGCCUUUUUUCUCGAAAGCGUAGAUGCUCACAUGCAGCUCGGGCCUUUGAAGAAAGACUGUGUUUCAGUACUUAAGCGGCGAUAAUUUGGUCAAGGAUAAAUAAUUGGAGAAGUAGGAUGUUUGUGACAUCUCUGCUGGAGCACUGCAUCAUCUUUCUGAGUUAGUGUUGAUGAAUUAAUCAUACUUGUUGCUGCUCUUUUUACUUAUUUGAUAAGUAUCAACAUUUAAAGACGCACUUUUCAGCAAAAUGUUUUCUUCUCUUGGACAUAAUUAGGGAUCGUUUACAAAGGGCUUGAUCUAAAGCAAAAGACAUCUCCAUUUCAUCUAUAUGAACCAAUGGUAUCUCCAGAGACUGUGCUCUGUUUCAUAAGUAAUACAUGGAUCAAUAAUCAAUGGUACCAUGGAAACCCAUCUUCAUAAUAGCAGGCAGAAAAAAUACUACCACUGAUCAAAAAAAUGUAUGCUAAAGGCCAUCACUUGUUUUUAAAUGUCGCUAGAUGAAUACUGCUCUUCCACUGCAUUUGAAAAAAAACCAAUUGUGGAGAAAACAAUGGUGUCAGCUGUCAGCAGAGCAAAUGACAUAUAUGAACAAAUAUAUUCAGCUUUGGAUUACAAUAGCAAGAAAAACAAUAUGGGGCUGUGGGGAGCUUUAGUUGAUUCUUAGCUUAAAUCUAAAUUUUAGUUUAAAUAUUAGAAAUAUAACUUUGAGAUUAAAUGAAGCAUCUAUGGCUGUGUGUCAGCCCCGCUAGGUAGACCAGUUCAGGAAAUGAUCCACAAAGGAAGAAUACAAUUUUUACUGAGAUCGGCUAUAAUAAUUGAGUCUUGCAAGUCUGAUUGUAAUAUACCACCACCUCCUUGUAGUGCAGUGAAUUAGGGUGCCAUCUGCCUGAGCUGCUUCCAAAUGUUAUCUCGUUUUGGAUUUUAAAAUGUUCCUGUUACUUUUGUCUAGGUAAUGAUUCCUGUAUGUUUCCAUCACAGUCACAUUGCAUUCUCUGUACUUUAAUGCUAUAUGUGCCUGUUUAUUAACAUUGGGUUAAAAAGUGUACAAAGUAAACUGAGUUGCAGAUCUGAAUGUGAGGUACUCAAGAGAUGAGUAUCUGCACAAGAAGAGCAGAAUGUUUAAGACUGGGUUGCAAGUUUCCCUUUCCUUACAGCAUCUUACAGGCACAGAAGUAUUAUAAAAAUGGAGAUUCAGUAGCUUUCUGCAAUCACUGGCUGGUUGAAUCUGAUGGAAGUUGAGGCUUAUUAGCCUCUGAAGGACCGCAGAUUCCUAUUUCUAUGAUAUAUUCUGCUUUUCUUAGCUGUAUUUUGAGUACAUAUCCAUUGAAGUACAAUGGAAAAAAGACUCAGAGAAUAGGGAUUGAACUUUCAUGUAUAACAAGGAUACGAAGUGUAUAAAAUCCAUUCUUUUCAAAUAUACUAAGAGAACACUGUAAAACAUUUAUAAAUUUACCAUAAUUUAGUCAUGGUGGUAGAAGUGGUGAGGAAAUUCUAGCUGCUAUUGUUAAAAAAAAAAAAAAGAUUUCAACCUAUGAGGAGACCCAAGUUUUUCAUUAAACUUAGGCUAUUUUUAAAUUGUUUUGUGACUUUUUUUAGAUUGUUUUGUUUAGAACAGGAUUGACAGCUGAGUUCAAAUAAACCAUCCAUUGAAUUCUUUCUAGAAGAUAAUAUGCUAUGAGCAUUCAUAAUGUAAAUUAGAAUUGAAUGAGGAGAAAAAUUAGAGACAGGUUUUUUUGCAAUCACAGGAAGAUUUUGUUCUUUGAAACGUUAAUCUAAUGCUAGCCCACUUCAUUAAUUCUGUGAUCUCAGGAUUACAUUGAUACAAGAGAGUUUUGCAGUAUUAAUGAGUAAAUUAUUUGCCUUCAAAACGUAUUUUGUUACAUUAUAUCCUGUAUCCAAACUGAAAGUAUAGUAAAUUUGAUUAAUCAUGAAAUUAAUUUAAUAAGAGCACUUUUCUUUGCUGCUGGGCCUCACUGAAAUGUUCCUGCCUUUCAUUAAAAAAAUGUGGGGUCCUUAUA